AUGUUGGCGACAUGUUCUUGGGCUAUCAUCGUUAAAUCCCACAUGAAAUACAAAGACCCAAAACAACCAUUAGGUGUGCGAAUAAUGGAUUUAAUGAGCCGGAUGACUUUGGAAGAAAAGAUAGGUCAAAUGACGCACAUUGAUAGUUAUGUAGCAACACCAGAAGUAAUGCGAACUUACUUAAUAGGGAGUUUAUCAAUUGGUGGAGCGAGUCCUCCAUCAAAAGAGCCAUAUCCAGAGGCAUGGAUUAAUACGAUAAACACUCUGCAAAGAGGAUCAUUGGCUACUCGUUUAGGUAUACCGAUGAUGUACGGAAUUGAUGCUGUCCAUGGCAAUAGUAAAGUUUACAACGCCACCAUUUUCCCACAUAAUAUUGGGCUUGGAGUAACUAGGGACCCUGAAUUGAUGAAGAAAAUUGGAGCAGCGACUGCUCUUGAAGUUCGAGCAACAGGAAUCAAUUAUGUCUUUGCACCUUGUGUCGCAGUAUGUAGAGAUCCAAGAUGGGGUCGUUGCUUUGAGAGCUUUAGUGAAGAUCCUAAUAUUGUUCGACUCAUGACAGAGAUAAUAAUUGGACUUCAAGGAGACAUCCAUAGUAAAGGUCAAAUAGGCUUUCCUUUUGUUGUUCGACAAAAAAAAGUUGCAGCUUGCGCCAAGCACUAUGUCGGUGAUGGUGGAACGACAAGAGGCAUCAAUGAGAACAACACUGCCAUAGAUUUUCAUGGUUUAAAGAGCAUUCAUAUGCCUCCUUAUCAUGAUGCGAUUCGGAAGGGUGUUGCAAGCAUCAUGGUUUCUUAUUCUAGCUGGAAGGGAGUCAAAAUGCAUAGAAACCAUGAACUUAUAGCUGGUUUUCUCAAGAACGCUCUGAAAUUCAAAGGAUUUGUGAUCUCGGAUUUUAUGGGUAUUGACAAGCUGACAGAUCCGCCUCAUGCUGAUUACACUUGGUCCAUUCAACAAAGCAUUUCAGCUGGCUUAGACAUGAUCAUGGUUGGGUUCAACUACCCAGAAUUCAUCAGUGGGUUAACACACCUUGUGAAGAAGAAGUUCAUCCCAAUGAGUCGGAUUGAUGAUGCAGUAAGGAGGAUUUUACGUGUAAAGUUCAUGAUGGGUUUGUUCGAGAAUCCAUUCACAGAUUUUAGUAUGGCAAAAUAUCUUGGAGAACAGGAUCAUCGAGAUUUGGCUAGGGAAGCAGUAAGGAAAUCUUUAGUCUUGCUAAAGAACGGUAAAUUUACCGAUGUGCCAAUGCUUCCCCUUCCGAAAAAGUCAACAAGAAUUUUGGUAGCCGGGACCCACGCCGAUGACAUUGGUAAUCAGUGUGGUGGUUGGACCAUUGAAUGGCAUGGGAAACGUGGUAAUAUUACAAAAGGUACAACCAUUUUAGCAGCAGUGAAAAACGCAGUUAACCCGACAACCGAAGUGGUGUAUGAAGAGGAGCCGAGUCCCGAUUUUAUCAGAUCCAACAACUUCUCAUAUGCGAUUGUGGUAACGGGUGAAUACCCGUAUUCAGAGUCGGUUGGAGACAGCCAGACUCUAAUGAUACCUGAACCUGGUCCCACAACCAUCAUGAAUGUAUGCGGGUCGGUGGAGUGUGUGGUGGUGCUAAUCACAGGUAGGCCUGUAGUGAUCGAACCUUAUGUUCCUAUCAUGGAUGCUUUGGUGGCUGCAUGGCUUCCGGGGACUGAAGGCCAAGGAGUAGCAGAUGUUUUGUUUGGUGAUUAUGGUUUUACGGGAAAACUUGCGCAUACUUGGUUCAGGACUGUUGAUCAGCUCCCUAUGAAUGUUGGGGACCCAAAUUAUGACCCGUUGUAUCCGUUUGGAUAUGGGCUCACUACGGAAGCUAGCCGGUCUUAG